UACUUUCUUUAUGCAGCCUGCUUUCAUUGCUGUCUGCUCAGUAGUGUAAGCGAGUCGCACGCAGUGGAGUUGUUUUGGAAGAAGGAUGAACGGCACGCGUGGCCAUUCUGGGGGGACAAAGUGGGACCAUGAGGAGGAGCAGGUGGGGAGUUAUGCUGGUAUGGUGGGGGCCUGCGUGAUCCUGGCUGUGUGUUUUGUUGUGGGGGUUCCAGGGAACCUGCUGGUGAUUUGGACCAUCAUGAGGCACGUGAAGCAACGCUCUCACACUGUUCUGCUCAUUCUGCACCUAGCUGUCGCUGACUUGCUGGUGCUGGUCACUCUGCCUCUGUGGAUCUACUCUCUGGCUCAUUCCUGGGUGUUUAGCGAGGCCGUCUGCAAGGCCAUGGUGUACAUCAUCAAUGCUUGCAUGUAUGCCAGCGUCUUCCUCAUCACCAUCAUGAGUGUGGAGCGCUUCCUGGCCAUCCGGUACCCCUUCGCUUCGGCCAGCUGGAGAAGGAAGCAAGCUCUGAGUAAAGUGUUGCUGAUUGUGUGGGUGGCUUCAUUUCUUCUGAGCAUCCCUGUGAUAGUCACUCAGGUUUUGGAUAAAUAUCUGGGGAAAGAGCAGUGCCUGUUUCGCUCUUAUGAAUCUGAGAUGCAGGAGGCUGUGAUCCUGCUCUUUGAGUCUCUAAUGGGCUUUGUAAUCCCAUUCUCCAUCCUGGUGGUCUGCUAUGGCUGCCUCUUCAGUCGGAUUGCACAGAUGAACCUCCGAUCCAAGAAAAAGUCCACGGUCCUGAUCGCCAGUGUGGUGGUGCUGUUUGCUCUUUGCUGGAUCCCGCAUCAUAUCGGAAACUUCCUGUCUCUGGUGCACCUCACUCUCCAGGAAGACUCCCAGGAAGCAGAAACCCUCGGUAGUGCAGUGGAAGCCAUGACCAUUGUGGCAGGUGCUCUGGUCUUCGUCAGCAGCACUGUUAACCCUGUGCUGUAUGUUUUUGCGGCAAGAAACUUCCGCAGCUCUCUAAGGGACAUGGGCAUCCAGAAGCUGUUCCGUCACCUGUCCAGCACGGCCACAGGCGAGGGCAAUAAAGAGCUGUCAUAUGUGUCCAGGCGGCAAAGCUCUCAGACCACCACCUCUCAGUGCUGCACAGAGUCCAAAGCACAUAUAGAUCUGCUAGUAGACAUAUGCAACAAUGCGGCCACGCAAGAGUUUGCGUGAAGGUACUGAGUUGGACUGAAUAGAGUAUAAUCAUGAUUUCUAAAGUAAAAAGUGACGUUAUUAUAUCUA